AUGGACCAACAUGCUCAUCAGAACCUCAGCAAAGACCUCUCUCCACGUUGGUCUUUCUGUGUGUCUCGUGGGCUGCGUUUACAUGGUAAGGAGGACAGGCUUCAUGAAGAGGAGCACAAAAGAGAUGCUGCUAUCUCACAGUGGCUACUCCUGCCUGAUGAAAUAUGGAUUUGUGUAUUUUCCCUUCUGUCGCACAAGGAGCUUGCUCGAGUUGCACAAGUGUGUCGCCACUUCUAUCGGCUAGCAAGUGAUGAAAGCCUCUGGAAGCGAGUCCAGAUCUCAGACUGCUGCAUCCUGGAGGACAACUGGCUGGUGGUGGCUCUGGCUCGUCACCAGCCCUGCUCUCUCACUCUGCACCGCUGCCGCCAUGCCGGCCAGGCUGUGACAGACCAUGGGUUGAAGCGACUUUUCCAGCACUGUGGGGAUAUACUUCAGGAACUGAAUGUGAUAAGCUGCAGUGGUCCUGGGCUCACAGGAGACAAGGUCCUGCUCCAUGCAGGGGCCCUUUGCAGCAACUUGACAGCAGUGGACAUAAGUUGGUCCGGAGCUACAGAUGUGGGAAUGACGGCUCUUAUACAAGGCGCUUCAAGUCUUCAUGGACUCUCCAUUAAUGGAUGCCAGAUUACAGACAAAGCCAUUAAAGCUUUAGUUAAAAAGCAUGGAAACAGGUGAGAGAUCAGAUCAUUCAUCUUAUUGUGACGCAGUGUCCUAAACUGGACAAUCUGGUCCUCAGCUCCUGCGCUCAGGUAUCUCGAUGUGAGUGGAUGCCGACAGGUAACCAAUGCAGGAGUCCAUGCAUUGGCAAGAAGCUGCCACCAGCUCACGUAUCUGGACCUAAGCUCUACAGGGAUAAGCAAAACAGGAGUUUGUUCAUUGGCUAAUUAUUGUCAUAUGAGUUUGGAAUGUGUGAAACUCAGUUUCUGCAAGAAUGUCACCCUGGUUGCCGUUAAAAAGCUUUGCAAAAACUGUAGCCGAUUGAAGAUUCUCCAUCUUUAUGGCUAUACCAUCACUUCUGACCUGUGCAAAAUAAAAGAAGUUUACCCAAGAGUCAAAAUAUUUCAUGACAUUUCUGCCCUUACCUGCUAACAUUUUUAGGACAAUAGAAUUUUUAGCAGUAAGGAUUUUGAAAAUAUACUUAGUUAAAUAU